AUGUGGUCCGAAGAGACAUGCCAGCUCUUUUCAGAAUCGAUGGACUAUUUAGACCGAAUAUAUGACCCGACAGCCGCGUAUGUCUUCAGUCCUAGUGCGGCCACAGCUCUGCGGCACGACACAAGGGCGUCCGUCUGGUACGCAGUGGGCUUGUUGGCUCGGGACCAGAAUGAUGAUGUGACGCAGGCGAUGGCAAUCAUCCAGAAUGUGAUCGAAGCGCAGUUCAAGGACCCUACGGAUCAAUGGUAUGGGGAUUACCCUGUGUACCCUGAGGAACCCACCGUGGGUACUGCGGCGUAUCAGUCGAGCUCUAUGACACUUGGGAUCCCAACUGGAGAGGCUUUAUUGGGACGGCCUUUAUCAUCGCCUUGGAGGAGUUUCCCCAUCUGCACCAUUGGAGAUAGCUACCGAGUGGGAGGAGUCGACGGUGACAAUCUGUAUCCCUCAUAUACCAAUCCGGCAUUGAUGAGAGCCAUCGUGAGUGGUUGGACCGGCAAGAGAUACGCAGAUGCCAACAUGACGCUGGCCGGUGAGAAUUAUGCGAAUGAGAUUAUUGAUCUUUUCGACCGAGCCAACACUCUAUCGGAAUUCAAUAGCGCGACGUAUACUGGUGUCUCUUUGAUUGCGCUGACGAUGUGGACAAAGUACGCUGCAGAAAGUUCGGUGAUGAAAGCAAAAGGAAAGGAAAUGCUGCAAGCGACCUGGAGAAAUAUUGGUGAUUUAUAUCACGCAGAGCUCAAGAACCUUGCAGGUCCAUGGGACCGCUCUUAUGGAUUCGACAUGCAGAAGUAUUUCGGAAUCAUGUCCGCGCACAUCUGGACCCUUGUUGGGAAGGAAACCUCACCUGUGAUUGACAAGGUUUACAUGAUGUCUCAUAACGCUGACUUUGCCAUUUCUCCGCUUGUGGCUAUCCUCUCAAGCUUUCAUAACUCCUUGGUCCCGGCCACAGCAGUAGAUGCUCUAAGGACCUUCCCUGGGGAGCACAUGGUCACCACUUCAGCACAGUCAAUCCCCUACGACUAUUCCACCCGGAACAUCAGUGUGUGGUUAGGCGAAAGGAUAAGUGUGGGAGCAGAAAGUUUCAAUGAGACUGUGAUAGGCGGGCCGGCUAUGAAUCCGUCUACAUUCAACUCGGCGGUGGUCCAGUGGGAUACUGGAGCUGGAAUUGGUUGGAUUACAUUAUAUGCAACAGAGAAGGCUGUCGACGCAGUCGUGGGUCCGGGUUAUCUUAACCUAACCUAUCCCCAGGGAACUCCAGACUCCCAGUUCCAAUUCUUAGUCUCUCCGUUUACCCAAAAGAAGGAUGUCGCAGGCUGGGAAGAUCUUGUAGGAUUAGAUGUCAGAGUGUCUGGCACUUUUGACCCGAAGCUGAGGGUAUCAUACAGUGCAAGCGAUGCUACCAUCAAUGACUUCAUGUACUGGAAUCUCACGUACUCGAUGCCAGUGAAUAGUACUGCGAUUCCAAAUAUAUUGUUGGAGGUGAAUUUGGCGUGA